UCUUCCAAAAGCAACGCAGCUGACAGGUGUGUUUCUUUUAGAGAAACUAGAAAUAUCUUUAAAUAACAAAGACAACCUUCGUGAUAGGUAGAAUAGAAAGUGACAUGCCGAAUGCAACAAGCAACCAUACGCGCGGAUUCAUUCGUAUUCAACAACCGUACGUUUGGUAUUGGGUUUUGAGAGGAAUCAUUGCAUUGUUAAGCAUCGCUGGGAAUGGACUUGUCAUCUACUUCGUUGUUUCUAAACGACGCCUGCGUGUAAGCAGCAACUGGUUCGUGCUAUCCUUGGCAGUUGCUGAUUUUUGUGUCGGUUUGUUUACAACGCCGAGUGAACUUAUUUGCACAUUCUGCUAUCAAUGCGAUUGGCGUUUCCAGUUCUCAUUCUACAAUUUUCUACUCUUUGCUUCCACGUUAAACUUGUGGGCAAUGGCAAUAGAUAGAUAUAUCGGGAUUGUACAUUCUUUACGUUACACAUCUCUCAUGACAGGCGGACGGGUCUUCGCACUAAUAAGCAUGGCGUGGGGAAUCUCUCUUAUUGCGCCGUUUGCGCGUUUUAUUUGGUGGUUUAGUGACUCCGUUGAACUGAAAAAGGUUGACAAAUACUAUCGAGUUGCACUCGAUCUUUUUUUCGGUGUUUUUUCGUGUGUCGUACUGUUAUUCAUUUACCUCCGUGUACUGUUCAUUUCUCGCAGACUCGCGAGACAAACAGCCUCGCAUAUGAAAGACAUCAAUUUUAACCAUGGUCAGGGUGAAGAUCUUCACUUACAUGGCGUCUCAUCCAAGCGUCGUCGACGGCCCCGGAGAAAUUCAACUUCAAUUGCGGUUCUCGGAUCAGUGAUUUUCUUAUUUGUUAUUUGCUACAGUUUAAACAUCUACAUUUCUUUUUGUGCGAAUUUUAAGCUUCGUUUAGUAAGUCCUUUAGUCAGUUUAACUUCUUUCUUACUGUUACACUGUAAUUCGUGCGUUAAUAUGGUGGUAUAUGCAUUCAUGAAAAGUGAUAUUCGCAGAGAACUAAGACGCUUGUGUCGAUGUGGAAGCUUAACGGAUCUUCAGUCUCAAUCAAGGGAAUUCUCUCUUAAUCAAGCUGGAAAUACGAGCGGUACAUUGUGACUUGUUAAUUAACUAUAUGGUCACUUUUUCGUAAUAGCUAAAUUAUGUUAUGUUGGAUCCGGAGUGAUUAGGGUUCGUAUGAGACAAAACAUAUUAUGCUGUAUGAUCAA